AUGGGGAAUACCAGCAGCUCCACCAGGGAGUCGAGGACGACAUCCUCACGGUCGCGCGCCGGCACCGCCAACAAUGGAAACUCCAACACUGGCUCCAACGAAAACUCCAUGUACAAUGUGCGCAGCGGCCGUGGCAGCAGACAGAAUCUCUCCUUCCUCCAUCUGGGCUCUAGCAGCAGGNNGGGAGACCAAUCACGCACCGAGGAGCCGCGUCGCGAGACCAAGCAAGAAAGAGAAGCACGCAAGCGCGAGAAGGAGCGUGUGGCUCGAGAGAAUGAACGCGAGCGGAGUAUGAAGGAGGAAGGCGUUGACGGUGGCUAUCUCGUCACGCUGGGAACCUACGUCGGUCCUGAGGACUUUAACAAGACUGUCGUGCGCCAGCUCAUGCUCGUAGCUGUAGCACGAGGACUACCCCUCCCCGCUCCUGACGANCCCCCACUCCCUGACCCGGAAACCGCCGCCGGCAGCGAUGUCGACUCGCUCACUAUCCCCAUCUCUUCCCGCUCCCAAUCAUAUCAAUCCGAUCACACAUCGACUCCUCAGAGCGCCACCUUCCCUCGCCCAGGCACUUCAUCUUUACCCUCUGCCUCGGGAUCUCGAGGUCUCUUCCGCGACCGUGCAAAGACGCUGGCAUCUCUGGGCACUUCGAACAAGAACAACAAUGCUUCGUCUACUUCGAUUGCCCCUCAAGAAAUCCGCUUGCCACGAGACCCGCGAGUCAAUGGCUCNCCCCUCGAAGCUGUUUUGUACAAAGAUGCCGCCGAAUGCCCCAUCUGUUUCAUGUACUACCCUCCGCAUCUCAACAAGACCCGCUGCUGCGAUCAGCCCAUUUGCUCCGAAUGCUUUGUACAAAUCAAGCGUCCUGAUCCCCACCCUCCGGAGCAUCACGAUGACGAAGGAAAUCCUACAACCGACGAAGAAGGGUUGCUAGUCUCGGAGCCUGCUGCUUGUCCCUUCUGUGUAACCCCUGAGUUCGGAGUCAGCUAUCAACCUCCUUCUUUCCGUAGAGGUCUUGUAUACUCUGGCCCAGUGAGCAGUCCAGGUCCAACCAGCGCUCCGUCACCAGACGCGUCUUCCCUGUCUUUGGCUGUACCGCAUGGCAGAAGACGUACCACCUCUCUAUCAGCAUCGGCCCCCACUGUUAUCACUACCGAUCGAGUACGACCGGAUUGGGCAAAGAAACUCGCCGAUGCUAGAGCACAUGCCCUGCGACGAUCUGCUGCUGCGACUGCUCUCCAUAAUGCGGCGUACAUGCUCGGUAACCAGCAGCCAUCAGACUCGCGCUCAUUUGGCGGUCUGGGUCGCCGUCGUCGUACGCUUCUGGUAGAUGCUUCAGCUAGUGCAAGCGGAUCGGGUACUCCGAGAGCUGAUAAUGGCCAAGUGGGUAGUCUGUCCGAAUUGAUCGCCCACAUAGAAGGUCAGGGAUCAAGCACAGAGCCUCGUCCAUCGGGUAGAAGAAGCCGCGCUCACGACCUCGAGGACUUGAUGAUGAUGGAAGCUAUCCGACUUUCCUUGGCUUCAGAAGAAGAUCGUAAGAAGAAAGAGGAGAAGGAAGUCAGAAAGGAAGCAAAGAAACGAGAAAAGGAGGCCGCGAAAGAUGCCAAGAAGGCAGACAAGGCUGCGAAGAAGAGUGGAAGUCUUUACAGCGCUAGCAUGAACGGCAGCACAGUCGCGUGGUCUGACAUGUCCCGCUCUACGAGCAAUAUCCCACGACCGCAAACAGCCGCCUCAAUGGCUUCAUCGCCGCCGCCAGCCGCUCCUGCAGUCAUUGGCAAGGGCAAAGCACCUGCUAUCACCGCCUAUGGCUUCAAUCCACUCGGUGAACCUACAUCGACUCUGAAUACAGGGAUUGCUGAGCAGACAGCAGAUUCUCAGCGACAUCUCGAAGAAUCCAGAGCUAAUCUACCUCAAGCAACGCAACCCAUCUCAUUCCCGGAAGCCCUUCAAAACCGCUCUCACCUUCGUCAUAUUUCGAACGCUUCGUCAGCAGCAUCGUCAAUGCUAGAUUCCCUACCUGGAAGCUAUCAACAACGAACGCCAAACCACCAAAUAUCUCCUAACGCGAGUGCAACAGUGCUGGACGAUGGCACUGGCACGCCUGAUACACAAUCCGGUACACCAAGCAAUGAUGUGAACACGGAAUCCAUGUUCAACUUUAAAAGCUUGACUGAAAUGAUCCGCAACGACGAGAAGGACCGAGAUGCAGAUCAUGUCGAGUUCUUCGAGCAGAAGCCAGAUGAAGAGCGCAAAACCUCAAUCGCAUCGUCGUCCAAAGGCGAUGGUUCUUCUGGACUGCCCCCGUUGAACGAAGAUGAGAGGGAAACAUCGAAGCAUGGCAAUGCUGUACAGAUUUAUAACGGAGCGACUUCACAGAUGCAGCAAAGCGAGACAAAGCACGCAGGCGAUGUCAACGUCUUGCACACGUCAGGAACGUCGACCAACUAG